AUGAGUCAGGAAGCAUUCAGCCUGAUGUCCACCUGUCAGUGUUUGUCCAUCUGCAGCUCUUUAGCUUUGGUGUGUCUGCUGUGCAGUCUGAGCUCAGGCAGCAGCCAGUCUGUGAGGAACGGCUACGUCGGGGGUGACGUCCUGCUGCCCUGCAUCUACCCCGGGCAGCUGUCUGAUAAGGUCAACGCUUUCUGGAGGGACAAAGACGACAGAGUUGUGUUGGACAUCAUCAACGGCAGAGAGGAUAAAAUGGAUGCAAAGUUCAAAGGUCGAGUGUUCAGCUACCCAGAUCAAUACAAGAAGGGAAACCUCUCCAUCCUCAUAAAGGACCUGAGGGCGGACGACGCCGGCUCGUACGACUGCCACAUCCCCAGAAUGGACUAUGAGAGCAGACUGACUCUGAGGCUCACAGAGAAACCAGCUGUUAAAGUAAUGUUGGAGACUCCACCUCCUGCAGCACGUGAUGCAGCAGUAACCUCCUCCCUCCACCCGGCUCUCCUCUCUGCUCCUCUCUUUGUGCUGUUCUGCUUGUUAAAGUAGAGGUUUGAGUUUAAGUUAGUCAGAAACUAGAUCGUAGCUUCAAGUGAACAUUUCACGCUGUAGGAUGAAGGUAAGCAGUCUUUAUUUCACCAGUAGAAGCUUCAA